GGCAGGGAAGGUUGAGUUUGAGAUGGGUGUUGUGGUCCAAGCAAGCAUACCGCCGCCACUUACAGUCUUGCACUUAUAGAAUAGACGCCCGCACGCUUGCUUCCGGACGUCGAACGAUCGUGCAACAAACAAAAGCUGGUAGUUAGCUACUAGUCUUUCUCUUUCACGGUGUGUAUUGUAUCUCUCGCACGAGGCUCCUCACUCAUCCACAAGUCAUUUUCCUAGGCUCUGAAGCACAAUCCUUGGCAUAUAGUCCAUAUUUCACAUGGGCGACAUUAUAUGCUCAAUUUGAGGUUGUCCCUACGACCGGCAAGUCUUGCAUCCAAGCACAGGCCAUUCCCACUGCUUCCAAGCCAUGGGCGAGGUUUCUCUACGAACAGGGCCCAUGGCUCCGCUCAUACGGGCAAGGAGCCUUCACGGAUAGGUAUGAAAGCGGCGGUAAAGUUCAUACGAACGAUUCGCAGUGACCUAUCCGAGGGCCGCGUUGAGCCAGCAUUCAAGAGGCUUCGUGGCGCUCUCAGCGCCUCUUCAUUCCCCACUACUUUGCGUCCCCGCAUUCUCGAGAUGGCCGCAGCUGCAUUCCUCAAAGGUCAGCAUUUUUUAAAGGUGGCAGAGAUAUACAACCAGAUGGUCCAGGAAAACUACAUCCCGUCCUUCUCACUUCGUACCCGGAUUAUGGUUCUCGACGUUCUUUCUCAAUCGCCGAGCAAGGAGGCAUUGCUCGAAUCUCUCGACGAUGCAUUCCGUUUACCUCAAUUUGACGAAGCAUGCUUCCGUGACUUACUCCGGUUCCUUUGGACUAUUCUCAAGUGUUCCCAUGACGUGCUCGACUCAGUCGUGGCGAAUUAUGUGCGCGUCCAUGACCCUAACUAUCCUUUAUCGGAGGCCACACAAAGCCUGAUCGCUCGCAUUCGCCUGGAUGUAAUUUCUCAGGAAGCUAGUAUCGGCGGCUUGCCUGCUAGUAUCCUGACUCUUCCGGCCGAGCCUCCAAGCCUCGAGACUGUGCACUACCUUUCAGCGGCGAACUUCGGUGAUGACGCGCUUUUCUACGAUGCGCUUAAACCUUGGAUCCAUGCCGGCGCGGGUUUGCGUUGUUGCAACGCCCUCAUCGCGACCCAAAUCAGGCGCUCUCAUUAUGACAAGGCUUUUCGCAUUUACGAGAUCAUUCGUUCAACAAAUGAACCCUCACUCAUUCCCAACGAUACGACUUUCAAAAUGUUGUUCCAAAGCUACAGUACUGUCCGAAAGCCACGAAAUUUCCGCUCACGGCGCAUCAAGUCGCCCGUAGAUGUAUUUACACCACGCGAACUCUUCCGCGACAUGCUCCGUUUCCAUUCUUUGCAAAAAGACCACAAACUUCCACGCUCUAUCACAAGCUCAAGAGCCGUACUCGAUCAGGCCUUGCAGGUCUUCAUGGAUACCCAUGACUACGCUGCAGCCUUCGUGACCAUACGAGCAUACACGAUCUUGCGGCUGCCUCUUACCCUUGAAUUGUACCGCAUCGUCUUAAGCAGCUUAUUGAAACGAGUUCAGUGGGAGCUAGGUCGGGUCCGCGAAAGUACUGUCAAAUGGGAGUACUGGUCUUAUCGCUUCCUCGGUUACCCUGAAGUGAUGAUGGACGUGGACACGGAGAUGCUGAAACGAGUGAUGAGAUAUGGGGAAUCGGCUCAUUUGAACUUGACUGGCCAGGAAGAUGCAGUGAAGGAUACCGACAUUCCCUCUACGGCUGAAGUUCUCUCUGCUCAGGAUGCUCUACAAGUCAACGUCAAGCCGAAACCUCUGGAACGAAUCUUGAGAAGAGCUAUGCUGGCGAAUCAUGUGGCUUUAUACAGCCCCGCUGCGAAGGAGGUAUCUUUAGCUAUCCGGGAAGCCAAAGCAGAGAUGAUCCCCACAUGACUAAACGUUAUUUUACUCCUCAUUUCACUGUUCUUCGUGUUAUACGAUAGUGCAUUGUAACCGCAUAGUCCUGGAUCGAUAGCUAGGUAUGUAUGCAGUACGUAGGUACUGUCCAUGUGUAUAUAGAAGUCUCCCGCAGCAUCGAGAGAACACAGUUCUUACUCGUGCUCUUAUAACGUCGACAACUUGAAUGUACUAGUCCCGUGGCUGACUGCUCUCUUCUUGGCUGAUCCUCCACUACCCUCCCUUCCGAGUCCCCUCUUGGUGCCCUUACCAGGCGACGGUGGCUGAAAGUUUAUGCCAACAGUAGUGAACUUGUUAUCCUGCCAUCGUGUAGAAAGACUGGCUACAGACGAGCUGCUCGAGGCUGCUGUGCCAGAAUCCAGGAUGGGUGUCUUGGUGCCAUCGGUAGACUGAGACAUCCCUUCGGGAUUAAACUGUUUCAGACAUU